CUCUUCUCCCUCAGGAGCACACUGGACUGUGACGCAAAGAAAUGGAGAUUAUUUGCAGACAUUCUGAAUGACCUGGCAAUCUUCAUAGAGAUCAUAGCUCCUGCCUUCCCCUCCUUCUUCACCCUUAUUGUCUGUACUUCUGGCGUGUUUAAGUCAAUUGUCGGGGUGUCUGGGGGUGCGACACGGGCGGCCCUCACAGUGCACCAGGCUCAGCGUGACAACAUGGCUGACGUCUCCGCCAAGGAUGGAAGCCAGGAGACGUUGGUGAAUCUCAUUGGCUUGGCCUGCAGUCUGAUCCUUACACCGCUCAUCAGUGACAACAUUGUGUACGUGGGAAUUCUGCUUAAAGGUGCGGUGUGCGUCUCCCUGAGGGAAGGAGCUGACAGCGUCGAUGUGAUCCACGCUGCAUUCCACGCGGAGGUCCUGCACCAUCUCCUCUACGGUGAGGUCCACACGUUCAGCGUAGAGAGCUCCACGUUCACUGAGCUGCGCAGGAAGGCUGUGUCGGCCCAGGAUGAGCGGCUGUGGGACGUGGUGGCGGCGACGCACCUCCUGGUCGAUCAGCUCUUCCCCCGGCUCCUGACCGAGGCUCGCGCGGCCGGCUGGGUGACCGACCGUAAUCACCUUGGAGCGGACGAGUGGAGGGCCCGGUGGGCCCCGGGGGAGGGGAAGAAGGGGCAGUGAUUGAGGCGGGCUGUGUUGGUGGGGGUGGGGGGGCGGAAUGUGGGCUGGGGGGAGGGGACACUCGCCCGCCCGAGCAGGCCUCAGAAAGUCUCGCCGAAAAGAGAGAGCGAGACUCGCCUCUUCCCAAGUUUUGGUUGCUGCCGCAGAGAAAUAUCAAUCUGGACCCGUUGCAAGAAUGCCAAAUUUCCCGAGCGUCGUGACGGGGUGGAGAGGAUGCUGAUUGGCUAACGGGGCCGACCGGGAGACCUGCUUUUCAUUCAAUUAAACAGAUCUUUACA